UAUUCGGCGCGGCGUGUGAGGUGAUGCGACAAUUCUCACCUCGUCGUCGCAUGACUCUUGUCACCCGAUUCCGGUUGUCGACGCGAGUGAGGUGAGAGGUUCACUUUUGCUGCAACUGAGAGAAUGAACGUAAACAAACAUCUUGUUCAUCUGAAGAACUGUCAGACUGGCGUGUUACAAGGUGUUACGUGAAAGCUUUCGGAUUAUGGCGUAUCUGAAGAAUGUUAUUUUUAAUGCUUUUUUAAUAUUGUCAGAUUUCACCAUUUUUCGAAUAAAAUAUGUAAGAAAUUAACCUGUAUAUACACGUUUUUUUAUUCUCAAUAAAAAAAAGUAUUUUAUAUGGAUUUUUGGCGGAUUUUAUUCGCAUUUCUGAAAACACCAAUUGAUCGAGCAUUUGGCCCUUAUCGCAGUUGCCACCUGUAAAUUCGUACUUCCAAACAUCAAACAGGCGGAUUUGUUUUGGGGAAAUAUUUUUUUGCUAAUAUCUUAAAACUAAUUAGUUAGUUUUGUGGUGUAUUUUGUGCAAUGAGUUGCUUCGAAUUCUGGUUCAGUGAUGACGAGAUCGAGGAAGAAGAGGAACAUUUAGAUUUUGUUCGUCUCGAACGUCGAAGAUUGCGGGAUAUGAGUAACCCGUUGGAGAUACCGGAAGAUUCAUUCAUAUCAUACUUUCGAGUAACAAAGGAUUUGUUCAGAUAUUUGAUGGACAACGUGGGAAACAAAUUAGGAGGAUCUGUAAAAUCCUCAUCCGUUCCACCGAUGCUCAGAUUAACAGCAGCGUUGAGGUUCUUUGCGGAAGGAAGUUACCAAAAGGGAGUUGGUAACGACUUGUUCGCAGGGAUGGCUCAGCCAACGCUUUCGAAAGCAUUGUCAUCUGUUAUUGAAGCUUUUGAGGUCGAAAUUUGUCCGGUGGCAAUACAGUUCCCCACAUCAGAAGCAGAGAAAGAUGAAAUUAAACGCAGUUUCUAUGAAAAAACCGGUUUCCCUGGUGUAAUCGGGUGCGUCGAUGGCACACAUGUCAAGAUCUUCAAACCCAUUAGUCACAUCCAACACCUGUAUUACAACAGGAAAGGGUUCCAUAGCUUGAACGUCAUGCUGGUUUGUGAUCAUCGGCAGUUUAUUCGAUAUGUCGAUGCCAACAGCCCUGGUGCCAAUCACGAUUCAUUCAUAUGGAACAACAACGAAUUAGAUGCUGUUUUGAAUCAAAAUUGUCGAAAUGGAGAAACCAACACAUGGCUUUUAGGUGAUGCAGGAUAUCCUCUAAAACCGUAUUUAAUUACACCAUUUCGGUCAUCUGCAAAUCUACCGAACUCCUCGAGGCAAACAAAGUUCAAUGAAAUUCAUUCAAAAACCAGAAAUAUAAUCGAGAGGACUAUCGGAGUAAUGAAGAAUGUGUUCCGAUGCAUAUUGGCAGCACGUCAAUUACACUAUAAACCUGAAAAAGCAGCAAGAAUUGUAAAUGUGUGCUGUGCGUUGCAUAAUUUGAGGAAAAGGUUCAAUGUACCCGAAGACAACAUACAAUGGGAAGAGCCGGACGACAAUGAAGUAUUGGAUCCUCCAUAUGAAGGCGAACCAGAUGCAUCAGCAAAUGAAAUAAGAGAAGAAAUAAUGUAUUCUAUCACGUAAAUUUACAAUUAACUUGUAUGUAUUUAUAAUAAGUGAAAAUAAAUCUUAAAUACAUAUAUGGAUACAUUGAUUUUUUUUAUGUUUUUAUUAGUGUGUAUUUUAACUAAAAGCUAAUUCUACACUACUUCCACAGAGAACAGACGUCUCUUCGCUUUCUGCCUUGUGUAAAACUUUGUAACGGUCAUAUCAGAGUAUGUGGCUAUGCUCCCGUUGCGCGGCGCUAGCAUCCCAUCACUUACAUUGUUGUGUUGUCAAAUUUGUUUCCAGUGCUCGCUCGUGUCGCUUUGCGGGCUAGUGUAUUUUAACGAUGAACACUGCCAUCGUGGGGUCAAAUCGACUUUAUAUGUGGGGCAGUCUCCGUUGGUGGCGUUGAGGUACACUUAAAUCCUUUACACACGAUUUCGACGUAUUUUUGUUCGAGCUUAAACGUCUGUUCUCUGUGCUACUUUCUUGUUAAUUGUGAUAUUCACUUAAUAUGUAUACGAAAAUUUUCAACGGUCUGUCAAACCAACUAAGGGUGAAUAAGAAUUAUGUGGUGCGGGGGCAUUUGGGAAGAGGGUCCUGUAACUAAGAAUUGCUUCAAAAUUUUGUCCAGGGAUUUUUCGAGAAUUCCUUCAGAGGUUCUUUUUUAUUCUUGAUUUUCUCCAGCGAUUUUUUUGGGGAUUUCUCCACGGAUACCCUCAGAAAGUCCUCCAGGGAUCCCAUCAGGAAUAUUUCUAGUGAUACCUUCGCGAAUUCCUCAAAGGAUUCCUUCAGCGUUCUUGUUAGAGAUUUCUUGGAAAAUUUCGGUAUAGUAUAGGAGAACGAGAUUCCGAGAAACAUCCCAAUAAUUUUUUCUUAAGCUCCUCUAAGGAUUUCGUCGAGAAUUCCUCCAAAUAAAUAAAUUUUCUAUAUGAAUUCUAGCAGAUCUUAUCAAAGAAUAAUCAGAGAAACUCUAGCGGGAAUAGGGUCUCUGCUAAUAGCACGCAUGUCCUAUAAAGCAUUAUGUGACUCUUAUAAGACUAAAUUUGGUCAUAUAGUUGUAUCGAUUCAUAAACACAUGUGUGCUACUAGGAAGAAAUUCUUGCGGAAUUCUCAGAGGAAUUCUAGCAGAAUUUCUAGAGGAAUUCUAGAAAAAUUCCCAGUGGUAAUCUAGCAGAAUUCUAGCUCAGAGGCAUUCUGGGGAAAUUCUAACGGAAUUCCCAGUGAAAUUAUAGCGAAAUGCCUGGAAAAAAAAUUCUUGCAGAAUUACCAGGGGAAUUCUAGCAGAAUUCCGAGGGGAAUUCUAGUGGAAUUCCCAGUGGAAUUCUAGCGAAACUCUAACGGAAUCAUCAGAGAAAUUCAAGUGGAAUUGCCAGAGGAAUUCUAGCGAAUUUCUCAGAGGAAUUUUAGCGGGAUUCCCAGAAGGAUUAUAGUGGAAUUCCCAGAACAAUUCUAGUCGAAUUCCAAGAAGAAUUCUAACGAAACUCUCAGAUGAAUUCUAGCAGAAUUCUCAGAGGAAUUCUAGCGAAAUUUCUAGAGCAUUUCUUGCAUAAAAGUGCUCAGGAGUUUCUCCGGGAAUUCCUCCAGGAGUUCCUCUAGGAUUCCUGGAAUUCCUCAAGUUGUUCCUCCAGGAUUCCUGAAAUUCACGGAAAUUCUUGCAGGAGUUCCUCCGGGAAUUUUUUAAAGAGUUCCUGAAAUUCCUCCAGAAGUUUCUUAUGAGUUUCUCCGCAAAUUCCUACAGGAGUUUCUCUGGGAAUUCCUACAGGAGUUCCUAAGAGGAUUCUUCCUGACAUUCUUCCAGGAGUUCCACCGGGAAUAAGGAGUUCCUUCGGGAAUUCUUUCAGGAAUUCCUCCGAGAAUUCCUUCGGGAAUUCCUCCAAAAUUUCUCCAAAACUUCUCCGGGAAUUCCCAAAGAAAAUUCCGUCAGGAGUUCUUCCGGGAACUAUUCCAAGAAUUUCUCCGAGAAUUCUGUCAGGAAUUUCAUUAAAUAUUCUUCCAGUAGUUCCACCGGAAAUUCUUUCAGGAGUUUCUCCGUGAUUCAGUAAUUUCUCCAAAAAUUCCUGUAGAAAAAAAUCCUGAGGAACUCCUGGAAGAGUUGCCGAAAAAACUCCUGGAAGAAUUCUUUGAGGAGCUCCUGGAAGAAUUUCCGGAGAUAUUCCUGGUAGAAUCCUCGGACAAACUCCUGCAAUAAUUCCUAGAGAAACUCCUGGAAGAAUUCUUGGAGGAAUUCUUAGAAGAAAUCUCGCAGGAACUUAUGGAUUAUCCCUGCAGGAACUUCUGUAAAAGUUCCCGAAGAAACUUCUGCGGUAUUCUUUGAAGUAACUCCUGGAAGGAUUCCUAGAGGCAUUAUUGGAAGAACUCUUGGAUUAAUUUCCGGAAGAACUCAUGAAGAAACCCCCUCCUGAAGGUGCUCCUUAAAGAAUUCUCAUAGAAACUCCCGCAAGAAUCUCCUCAGGAAUUCCUAAAAAAAACUCCCGGAGGAAGACCUGCAAGAGUUCUUAGAGGAACUCCUGGAAGAUUUCUUGGAGGAACUCCUGGAAGAAUUAUUGGAGGAAGGCCUGAAAGAAAUCCCGGAGAUAUUCCUGCAACAAUUCCCGAGAAAACUCCUCAGAAAUCACCAAAGGAAAUCCUGGAAAAAUUACCGGAGCGACUCUUGGAGGAAUUACUGGAGGAACUCCUGCAGAAUUCCUGGAGGUAAUCCUUCAGAAACCUCCGGGAGAUCUCCUGGAGAAACCCCUGAAAUCAUUCCCGGAAAAAACUCUUGGAAGAACUCCCGGUGGAACUCCUGCAAGAAUUCCAAUGGUCAUUCCGGGAAAAGGAAGAAAUUCCUGGAAGAAAGAGAAACUUCCCGGGGGAAUUCCAGAAAAAAAAAUUCUUAGAGGAACAUCUGCAGGGAACUUUAUGAAAAUUUCCGAAGGAACUCCUGUAGGAAUUCUUGGAGUAACUACUGGAAGAAUUCUUGGAGAUAUUCUUGGAAGAAUUCUCGGGGAAACUUCUGCAGUGUUAAUUCCCGGAGGAAUUCCUGAAGGAACUCCUAGAACAAUUCCCGGAGGAGUUCCCGUAGCAACUCCCGCAAGAAUUCCCGGAGGAACUUCUGGAGAAAUUCCUGGAAAAACUUCCUGGAGGAAUGUUCGGAAAAUUUAUGAAUUUUCCCGGAAGAAUUCCUAGAGGAAUUCCCCGACAAACUCCUGCAGGAAUUUCCGGAGGAACUCCUGCAGUAAUUUCCAGGAAUCCUGGAGAAAUCCUCCAGGAUACCUGGAGAAUUCUUGUAGGAACUCCUGGAUGAAUUCCCGGAGAAACUUUUUUAGGAACUCCCGGAGAAACUCCUGGUGGAAUUUCCGGAGAAACUCUUGCAUUACCGAAGAACUCCUUGAAAAUUCCUGGACAAACUCACAGUAAUAACAGUGUUAAAAAAAGGAUUCUGGAGGUUUUUUUAAUUCCCGAAGAAAUCCAUAAAAGAGUCCCUGUUGGAAUUCAUAAAAAAGAGGGAGAAAAUAAAAGAAAAAUGCCUGAAGAAAUUUAGGGAGCAAUUCUUAAACAAACAUCAAAAAGCUAUUCUCGUAGGAAUUUUCGAGAAAUCCGUAAAAAACUUUCGAAUAAAUCCCUGGAUGAAUUUCCAAUGGAGCUCAAAGUGUCUUUAAAGUAUGUUUCGACGAAUAUCUGAACUAAUUCAUGAUAGAAUAUGUGGAAGAAUUCCCUACAGAAUCCUGGGAGUUCAAGAAAGAGUUGGAAAUUUCCCCAAAAUUCUAUGUAUUCUUAAUAAGCAAGACAGCAAUUUUACAACCGUCUCUUCUGUCGGUGAAAGAACCUUCAAUGAGUUUGGUCCACCACCAAACUUUUCGUUUGUUGUGGGCCAGCUUGUUUUUUUUUACCUUUAAUUUGAAGUCAGUCCAAACCUUGAAAUAAAGAAUCAGUUUAUUAUAUUUAAAUAAAUUAUCAUUUUUUUUUUUGAAUUUGCCUUCUGCCAAUCUUUGACUGAGCGAGUCGGAGGUCCCAGGCUAUUGAGUUCGACGGACUCAAUAAUUUGCCAAGAGUACUAAGAGAACCCAAAUCGAUUGAGAAACGGCUGAGAUUUUUUUUACGAUACAUUUUGUCAAAAAUCUCUCAAAAAGUUACUCCCAAGUACAUUUGGAUCUCGGUAACCAAAUGUCCAAUCGAAAAAAAAAAUCAUGGACGUUCUACUAGAAUAUUGUAGCUUUGCUUUCCAUCGGUUGAUAGACGACAAAAAAUAUUAACAUACAUUUUCAAAAAUCUCUUGAAAAGUUACAAAAAAUACAACUUAUUACUCCCAAGAACUUCUUCUUCUUUUUCUUCUUUAUGGCUUGACGUUCGCGUUGGAACUAGGCCUGCCUCUCUUCAACUUAGUGUUCUUAAAGCACUUCCACAGUUUAUAAUUAAAGGGCUUUCUUUGCCUGCCAUUGCAUGAAUUUGUACAUUGUGUUGCAAGUACUCUAUGUCAAAAAUCUCUCAAAAACUUAAAUUGUAUAGUACUUGUAGGAACUCUUCGAAAGAUAUCUGUCGGCGUCGGUGGUGUAGUGGUAAGCGUGGUUGCCUCUCACCCCAGUCGGUCGGGGUUCAAUUCCCGUCGACGCCGAUGGGAUUUUCUGAGACAUAAAAUCCGUAAUCACGCCUUCCAUCGGAUAGGAAGUAAAGUAGUAGGUCCCGGCCCAUGUGUUGAUGGGUUCGAUAUGUAGGGUCCUCAGGUGUGGAGGCUGUCUCCCUGGGGGCGUCGAAAUUUAAGGCUUAGCUCCUAGACCCAGCCGACGUAAAACACAACUGGCUCCGAACGGUGAUAGUUGGCCAGAAAAAAGAAAAGAAUAUCUCGGUAACCAAAUGUCCAAUCGAAAUAAAACUCAAUAGCGCUCUACUAGGAUGUAGCUUUCAUUUUGUACUAAGACAACCCAAAUCGGUUGACAGACGACUUGACUUUUUUUUUACUCGGAUCGAAUGUCGGUUCUCCAAGUGGUUUUUACACCCUUCUUAGGGGCGUAAGAAAAGCAAAAGGAUUAACAAAACCAGGAGAGUUCCACGGAGCGGUUCAGGAAUGUAAAUUGGAGGAAUUAUAUGAAGGAUCUCUGGUGGAGCUGGAGAAGUCCUUCUAAAAUUUUCCGUAAUCGAUUCUAAAAGGGUUUUUUUUAUCUAAGAUUGUUUUUCUGAUAUAAGUAUUACCUUC